AGAGAAGAAAAGCGAGCAGAUAGAUAUCCAUCACUGCCCUCAAUCUGUCAGAGCUCGUGAGAGAUCUCUCAAACUUUUCCCCACCUGAAACCCUCGAUCGCCGCCUCCACCCACCAUGUCGCCGCCGGCACCGGCGCUGCUGGACGAGCUCCUCGAGGAGAUCUUCCUCCGCCUUCCGCCGGACGAGCCCGAGCACCUCGUGCGCGCCUCCCUCUCCAGCAAGCGCUGGCUCGGCCUCCUCUCCGGCGCUCGAUUCCGCGGCCGCUACCGCGAGCACCACCGAGCUCCCCCCAUGCUGGGCUUCCUUUAUUCCUUCCACUUCAACUCCAGCGCGGAGACGAAAGAUAACAUCCCACACUUUCUCCCCACCACCAAAUUUCGUGCGUGCAUCCCCGACGACGACUGGUUGGGCUACAGUGCGUUGGACUGCCGUCAUGGCCGCGUUCUCAUUGGCGAAGUGGCCUAUCGACCCAUGACGGGCUGCCGGCGGGAGCUGGAGGCGCCCGCCCUGGGUGGACGACAGUUAUGGGGUCGCGGUGCUCUGCGCCGUGGCCGGCUGUGACCACCGCACUUGUCACGCAGGCCCCUUCCAGGUCGUCUUUGUCGGCCUGGACCAUUGUCAUGAAGAUGGGUGUGUUGCACGGGCGUGCGUGUCCCGGCCGGUGACGGGUAACCACAGCAAGCCGGGCUUUCAAUCUCCUUUUGAUAAGUGGAGCAAGCGAUGCUCUGCUCUUCAUCUUGACUCCGGUUUGUACAUCCACCAAGCGCCCCCUGUCUUCGUCCAAGACACACUUCAUUUCAAGCUUUGUAACCGUGCCGAAGAUCGCGUAGUAGGAAUUCUCAAGUACGACAUGAGCACUAAUAGCUUAUCGCUGAUUGAUAUGCCGCUUGCGUGGUCUGUCAAUGCCAAUGCUUCUAUCCUCGUGGUGAUGGAGGAUGACAGUUUGGGGUUUGCACAUGUCGACGGGUUAAUCCUCAAUCUGUGGUCAAGGCACAUGGGUUCUGACGGAGUUGCGUCAUGGACUCAGCGUGCAGUCAUGGAUAUCAAGGACAUUCUUCCCAUUCGAAAUCCAAAUAAAAGACUUAGGCUGAUUGGAUCUGUGGAAGGCACCGAUAUCAUUUUCGUGACCACAGAUCUUGGCAUCUACAAGAUUAAUCUCAAGUCACUACAGUGGAACAAGGUAUGGGAGAGAAAAAAGUUUCAAGCUUUCAUCCCGUACAUGAGUUUCUACAAUCCACAAGGUUUGCGGAAUGAUGGCGAUAAGAAGAAUCUGCUGGAGGGAUCAUCAGCGGAGGUGCGAGCUCAGGCUGGGGAAGAUGAUCUUGAAUCUGAAUCGGACGAAGAUCUUGAAUCUGAAUCUGAAGAAGAUCUUGAAUCUGAAUCUUACGAAGAUCUUGAAUAUGAAUCUGAAGAAGAUCUUGAAUCUGAAUCGGAAGAAGCUGAAAUGUUUCUACAAUCCACAAGAAAGGGUGACCCCCAGUGAUGCAGCUCAUUAAGAGUGUGUGGUUCAAUAUGUACAAGGCUACAUUCGUCAACAAGAUAGGUGACAAACUUGGAGGCAACAGGGGUCUCGUGAUGUCGUGAUGAAUUAUGUCAUUAUUCGGUACUCCUUUUGGUGCAGUGGUGCUUGCUUGUUUUCUGAUGUUGUUUUUGUCAGUUAGUUUGAUAAUCUCCCGUGUUAAUGGCGGGGUGAAUUGAUUAUAUUUGUACCUCUAAUUUUAUCUGCCCUGUUGUAGAAUUUGCUUGAAAAGGCAUUUGCACAGUAACUUGUUCUUGCCAUUUUAAAAACUCUACAGUUUGCUCUCUCCCUGCUUUGAUCCAAUCUUUAAAUUUAUCUUUCAAAAGAUGUACUGUUGGGGAGAAGAUGAUGAGGCAAUGUCCACAGAGAUGGUGGUUUCUGUUGCCCAUGAGAUAUUAUGUUGAUCCUUUUUGCACGCUGGCUUGCUGGGUUUUUUCAAUUAAUAAUCUCAUGGGUUUAAUUAGUUCUACCUGCCAAGUGCUGAUGUUACCGCAGUUCUGUUCUUAUGAUUGUCUCCUAGACAUUUUAAUCUCUUCAUUAGCUCCAGAAAACUGUCAGCUAUUUGUUCACUAUUGGUUGCAUAUAUUUAGCCAUGUAGUGAGAUGAAAGAUGUUACGUUUGGUAAGAGAGCGCAAGGCUGAUGUGACCAUUGCUACAACCAACCCCUGUUUCCCUGAUCUUCUUGUAGAGCUGAUGCAUCAAUAGGCCUGAACCUCGUUUUAGGGGUGCAUACAGUAACUCUCUUGCAGGUCAAACAAUGGCACUUCCUGCUGAACAACAAAACUGUCCAAAGAACGACAUGCUACAGUGAACUGGAAGACUCGGCCCAUCGAUUCGUUAUCGCAGGGAGAUGUUCCACAAUCGGGUUGCUACACUCACUUACAUGCUAGAACAGAGUUUCGUCCGGUAACCUGGUGUAGGCCAAAAGAAAACAUCCCUUAUUAUUUCUUUCUAUCUGUUUUCGGACUGGUGUGUUCCAAAAGGCGUCAGGAAAGAGUACAUGAUGUAUAAUUUUGUUAGGAGCUAUCAUUAUACAUUUCUGUGUCACGGUUAUACAUGUCUCGGAACUCGAAUCUA